CAGAAUCCUGCCCACUGUGAAAACAACAUGGCGAAUUGAGAAUCUGCGCGCUUUACUGCAUAUCAACUCGCUUCAUUCUGCAUCGAACAGGAAGUUCUCACAUAUUUCGUAGGACUGCUCUGAGAGGAUCCUCUUUCUAAUCGAGCUUCUGACGUGAAGAUGGCCUCUUCUGAAGCAGCUAAAGACACGGCCGAAGCGGCGCCCAUGAGCGCACAGAGCCUGUACUCGGCUCUGGGUCUGAGCCCCGAGGACGUCGAGGCGCUGGCCAAAAUCCCAGAGAACGAGAUCACGGUGGAGACGCUGCCGUAUCUCAUCAUGGAUCUCAAAGCCAAACGAGCCGCCAAGGAGGUACCCAAAGACGACGAGGAGCCUCAGCUGACCGAACCGGACCCGGGACUCUCUGAAAAAAGCCAAGACAAAUCAGACAUCCCUCCAACGUCCAGUUCAACACAGCAGACCCCGAGCCCUAAGCAAGAGCAGGACGUAAAGGAAGACGACAACAGUAAGGCCAAGCAGCCGAGCGCCGGAGAUAAAAAGGAUGAAAGAUCAAGAAAGUCGUCCAAGGAGAGACAGAGUGGAGAGAAAGCGGCUUCAGACGACGAACUCGAUGAUAAACCCACAGUUUUUCCUCACAUCUGCUCCAUCUGCAAGAUCGAAAGCAACGGCAUAAAGGCUUGGCGCAGCCACCUUCAGGGUAUGCGGCACACCAAAGCACGGAAAGAAUACAUGAACAUGUCCAGCUCGCAUUCAGAAGACGACUCUCACUCGUCUCGUCGAGGUUCACGUUCCUCCGCGCCCAGUAAACGCUCCUACAGUUCUGAAAAAGGCUCAGGCGACCCGUCCGUGUCCUCGUCCUCUGAACGCUUUCAUCACUCACAUGUGCUUUCCACAAAGGUGGUUGUGGCCAAAUUUCCGAUGGGCAGCGUGACCGUGGGGGACAUGAUGGCGUUGAGCAAGCAGUUCGGAACCAUCGUGAAGCAUCUCAUCUUUCCCUGCAAGGGUUUUCUGGAGUUCGGCUCUCACGCAGAGGCGAAGGAGAUGGUCACGCACUAUCAGAAUAAACCGGCUUACGUUAAGGGCAAACGCAUCAGCCUGGGCUUGUCCCCCACCAUCGAGGUCAUUCAUCCCCCUGAGGUCUAUGAGCCAGGGUCAAAGCGCCAGAAGACGGCACCGUCGGUGGUGUGUUUUUCCCGCCUGCCUCCGGGAAAGGAAACCGCGGAGACGGUGCUGGAGCGUGCUGCUUUAUUUGGGGAGGUCCGAUACUCCAAAUUCACAGAAGACAAGGCUCUGAUUGAGAUGGUGGAUUGGCGGGAUGCAGAUAUCAUGGUGAAGUACUACCACAGCAACCCUCUGAGGAUUCAGGACAAGAGCAUUAAAGUCUACCUGUCAUCCCAAACGAGCUUACGCGAGAGCAGCGCCGAGCGUCCCUCGUCCAAAAAAUCCGACUCCAGCAAGAGCCGGAGCAGCAAACCGAGGCACGAAUCCUCGUCCUCCAAAAGCAAGGACAAGAGCGGCAGCGAGAAGCGGAAGGAGGGCGAGGAAGGAGCCAAAAACAAGGAGGAGGCGGAGAAGAAGGAGGACCUAGAGAACGAGGAAGGGAUUCAGGUGGAGGACGAGCAGAGCCUGGUGGACCUGGAUGGAGCGCAGGGUGUCGCGCUGGGAAACGAACAGGAGGAGGAGAAGGAGGGAGCGGAGAAGAUGGACGUUAAGGAGGGGAAAGAAAAAGAGGAGAAUAAAGAAGAGAAGAACGCAGAGGAGCAGGAUGACCUGGAGGACAUGGACUUCCCGGAGAACAUGGACGACUUUGUCACUCUGGACGAGCUGGACAACAGUGCUGAAGAAUCAGAUUCCGCCGACACACAGGAGGGGAAGGUGGUUGUGGUCAGACCCAUCAGGAACGAGUUCAGAGUGGGUCACAGGGCCGCGACCAAAGACGCUCUCUUCGGCAUGGCCAAACCCUUUGGCAGACUGGUCAACUUUACCAUCUCUUACUACAGACACGAGGCUCUGCUUGAACUGGAGACGCCGAAGAAGGCCCGCGAGAUGGUGAAAUAUUACAAGGGCAGCAGGUUCAAGCUGUGCGGGAAUUGCGUGUCCGUGUUCCUGUGUGAGACCUACAAAAAAAUCGAGGAUCCCAGUGGAAGAACAUUGUUUAUCAGUAUGCUCCCGUCCUUCAAGUAUUCAAAAGAGUCGCUUCUUAAACGUUUACGCUACUUUGGAAAGAUCACCGGCUACUCCAUCAACAAGAUGUUCCGAACGUGUUACCUCCAGAUGGAUACGGUGGAAGCAGCCGAGAAGCUGUUCCGGACCCACAUCUCCCGGCCUCUCAGAUUCUACGGCAGUGUGCUGAAGAUCACCAAGUGCAGAAAAGGAGACUCUCUGAUUAGCUGGACAUCAGCCAGUGACUUCGAGCGCUGGUAUGAAGCCAAACGUGUCAAAAACGCAGAGAGGAGAGCGAACGGCAAAAUGUUUAAGAGUCCCGUUCACGGCUCUGAGGGCGUGGGUGGAGACCCGGUGGGUGAAGAUUCAGAGGAGGAGGAGAAAGAUCAGAGUCCACUCGGCCCGUACGAGCCCAACACCGCCGUGGGUCUGAAUUACGUCGUCCCCAAGAGCGGCUUCUUCUGUAAGCUGUGUAACGUCUUUUACACGGACGAGAACCGAGCCAAGUCCGAUCACUGCAGCAGCCUGGAGCACUACAACAACCUGAAGAAAAAACGUGAAGAGAAGUCAGUGGUGGAGCAGGCGGGUGAGGAGGAGCGAGCUGGCGAGGAGGAGCGAGCGGGCGAGGAGGUGCAUACAGGUGAGGAGGAGCAGAUGCCGGAGGAAGAAGGAGAGGAGGAGGAGCACGCCGGGGAGGAGGAGCAGAUGGAGGAGGAGGAGGAUGUGGAGGAGCAUCCGGGCGAGGAGCAGACGGACGGAUAAACGCACGAGCCGCUCAGAGCUCUUCAAUUUUACUUCAUAAAAAACAUUCCAGUCUGCAUCUGUUAGUCGAUCUGCCUUGUUUUUGUUGUGAUUUUGUUUGUUUUACGAAGCACAUGAGCGAGAGAGACGGAAUUCCUUCAUGUUCAUGUCGUUCCAGAUUCAGACCAGGUUUAGGUGAUGAUGUGUGAGCAGGAUAGAGGUGCUCGGUCACUGUAGCUUCAUGAGAAAUAAAAUACAUCUGUUUGAUUAAAAACUGCUUCUCUCA